CAGCCAGUAUCUUCUCUUUACACAGCCACCAUGUGCUCCUCGGUCUUCCUCAGGAAGAGGUGAUGGCUGGACCUGCCUGUCUUUCUACCUUUCAUUGGCCUGCAAAUCUAAGCAUGAGAAGGACUGCCAUUGCUGAGGUUCUGAUCUUAUCCUGCCUCUUAAGUGAUGUUGGAGGUGUGAUUUGCAGGUCAUGCAAUCUCUCCAUCCCAUUCCAUGGAUGUCUGUUAAACCUUGGAACCUGCAGAACAAAGCCUGGUCAGUUUUGUAUAAAAGAGAGCUUUGCUAAAGGUGGAAUCCAGUGGUUUUCAAUUAAAGGCUGCACUGAGGACAGAUCGGAGUGCUUCAAGAGGGUCGUAAAGCAUUACGAAAUCCGCUCUUCUCACUGCUGCCACCGUCCCCUGUGCAACUUCUGAGGAAGUGGGCUAUGACACCAACUUGUGUCAAGUUGACCCCACUCCCCACCAAAAAAAAAAAUCCUUUCGCCAUCAUCUCUCUCCUGCUUCUGCUUCCGUCCCCACUUGCUGUGGUGUUAGCAAAGCUAUGGAAAAGCAAAAGGUCCACAGUUCUCCAAGUCAAACCAGUGAAGUGGGUAGCUGUUUCAGCUUUGACCUGGAAGCACUACCCCAACUGAGGCUUCCGGUAACUGUCACGCCUAUGAGGUGGGGCCGAGACAGGAGCCCUUAAGAUCUGAGAUCUGGAUGUGCUGGCUCUCUUGGUUCCUGGAUCCUGGACACUGGAGGUAGACAGAGCAGAGUUCUCCAGAGAAUACCACUGGACUGCACUACACCUUUCCCGGGCCCUGUAACCUAUCCCUUCACUUGUAAGUUACCCCCACAAAAUAAACCUCCCUUUUAACUAUGUAGAGUUGCCUUAAUACUACAACCAAUAAAUCAAACACACAACCUCUA